AUGACAGUAAAGGAUGGUUUUCAAAUCAACACUGUGGCAAUUAUUGGAGGAGGUGCAGCCGGCAUUACAACUCUUUUUGAAUUAUUAAAUACUAAGAAUGACGGUUCCACCACCAUUAGGUACAAGCAGAAUGGCGAGCUUGAUAAUUCAAUCUCAAAUGAAGACCCAGCUUUUAGUAAAGUGGUAUUAUUCGAACAAACUGCAAAAAUUGGCGGAAUCUGGUCACCAAGUUUUGAGAAUCCGGAUACUAUUUCGCAAUCAAUGCUAGAAACAGAGAGAUAUAAUGAUCCUUAUGUUUUGAGACCUGAAACGGCAUUGCCUGAACAGUUUGGAGUGGAAGAAUAUACGUUGAAGAAUCCUUUGGAGACAAAAAACCACCCUGGUAGUUACAGGUGGAGUAGUAGUGGUAUUUACAAGCAUUUAUAUUCAAAUGUUCCUAGCAGAUACCUUAAAAACUCAUUCAUUCCCCACAAGGACAGAACUGGAUGUGAGGGUUCCACCAGAGAUAUUUUAGAGCCCUUGGUUCCAAACGGUGAAAUAACAAAUCGUCUCCUCGACUUUGCUGAGGAACACAAUUUAGCUGGCAAAGUUAGAUUCAACUCUGAAGUUGCCCGUAUUUGUAAAACCCCAGAUGGCAAGAAAUGGAAACUCAUUGUAAAGCACAGUACAGAAAAUGGAUUGAUGGCGCAAUGGUAUACCGAAUAUUUUGAUGCUAUCGUUGUAGCCACAGGGCACUACUCGGUCCCGUAUGUACCCCAUAUAAAGGGCCUGUCAUCGUGGAAUAAAGAAUUACCUUCGAGUGUCCUCCAUUCAAAAUCUUAUAGGAACCCAGAUAUCUUCAAGGACAAAGUUUGUCUUUUUGUGGGAACAGGCCUAAGUGGUAUAGAUAUUCUACAGUAUACUUUCCCCAUUGCCAAACAGGUUAUUGUCUCAAGAACGACUGGUAAGGAGGAAAUCUAUAAAUGGUUAACGAAUGCAGCAAAUUCUGAUGGUAUCAUUGUUAAACCAAGGAUAAAAGAAGUGAUAGCAUCCAAUGGAAAAAAAAUUAUUUUCGAGGAUAAUUCCUCCGUCGAUGCAGUCGACUAUAUAAUCUUCUCAACAGGCUACCACUGGCAUUACACCUUUUUAAACUCCGAAGAGACUGGCGUCCGUAUUUUUCAUAGAAAUGGCAUCCCGGAUGGGUCAUCCAUGAUCGGUGGUUUAUAUCUCAACUCCUUCGCUAUCGAGGAUCCAACACUGGCAUUUGUGGGCGUGACUGUGUCACCAUUCAAGUGGCCAUCAUUUGAGCUGGCUGCUGCGACCAUAGCCGGCAUGUGGACAAACAACGGCAAACUCCCAGCUAAGGAGUUUCAGGUCGCUUCAGAGAAAAAGAAGAUUGUCGAAAGGAGCAAAAGCGUACUGUACCAUUAUUAUUCCGUCUCUAACUUUCCAGAGUAUGUGAAUGAGGCAUCUGAGUUUUUGCCAAAGGGACGCAAAAGUUCAGAUAUAUUCGAUGAAAAUCAUCUGGAUGAUAUGAACGCCUCUGCUGCCACUGCGGAAAGAUUAUUCUACCAAAUAAAGAAUAAAAGAAUACUAGUUGAAGCAACGUUACCUACAGGUUGA